AUGGUCUUUGCGGAUCCAUCUCGCGUUUCUCGUCUCAAAUUCGUGACUCAUCUGCGCGGAUCAAUUUCGCAAAUCUGUUCAGACGCCCUUUCUCCCUCAGGUGCAUCCUUACGGCAGGUUUCCCCUGAGGUCUGUGGCUUGUGCUGGCUGUGCCCCCACUGGUCACUCGGCCUCAAGGAGCAAUGGCAGGCGGACGUGGGGCAGCAAGCGAGCACGUGGGUCGCCCUCAUGCCUGAAGCACCUGGUGGCAGCAGACAGCAGUAUAGCCCUCUCUCACUGCAGGUAGCAACCAACCAGCCCGUGGGUGUGUGGCUUGUGACUGUGUGUGCACCAGUGGCCCUCCUCCCGUUCUUGCUCCAUCUCACGUUGCAUGCAUGCAUCCUCUUUCCCGCUGCUGCCUCCCUCCCUCUCACUGCCCUUCUAAGCGCACCCUCCCCUCUUCCUUACCCUCCCCCCCACUUCCCGCCCAACCCCCCUUCCCCCCCGUUCCACCCAGCAGCGCUAGAGCCGAGCUACAUGGCCCCCUCCUAUCUUCCUGAUUUGGCAGCUUCUGGUGUUUCCCUUGUGCUUCUGGCCAUUCCAUGCGCACUCACUGCUGCUCUGUGUCUGUGCCUUGCUGGUGGAGGGGAGGGGCGUGGGGUCAACACCAACGCUCCCUCACGCUUCUCCCCUGUGGCCGUGCAGGGACGCACACGGGAGGCUGCGAGGAGGGCUGCUGGGAGGAGUCACCUGGUGGUGCUUCAGCUGCCCUGGUGCUUCUUCAACUGUCACCUGCUCUCACGCCACCAGCUAAGUACCUUCCUCCACGCCCUCUCCCUUGCCUGCCACCUCGUUUGCUCUCAAUGCCUUGGCUGGUAUCCCUCUCAGGUGCAGGUAUCCCUCUCAGGUGCAGGUAUCCCUCUCAGGUGCAGGUAUCCCUCUCAGGUGCAGGUAUCCCUCUCAGGUGCAGGUAUCCCUCUCAGGUGCAGGUAUCCCUCUCAGGUGCAGGUAUCCCUCUCAGGUGCAGGUAUCCCUCUCAGGUGCAGUGGCCCCUUCUUCCUUCCUCCAUGCAUGGCACUGACUGCUCUCUCACUUGUGCUUGGGGCCUUUCCUUGCAAUCCCACUCACCACUGCUCUCUCUGUGCCUUGCUGGAGGGGAGGGGCGUGGGGUCAACACCGACGCUCCCUCUCACCUCUCCCCUGUGGCCGUGCAGGGACGGGAGGGAGACAGCGCUGCAGUAUAUUGGAAUCGCUGCCAUGAGGGAGAGUAUGGGGCUGGGCAUGGCCUCUCAAGCAGAGAUGAGUGGUGGGGACGGGAGGGAGGCAGCACUGCAGCGGAUUGCAAUCGCUGCCACGAGGGAGAGUAUGGGGAUGGGCGUGGCGUCUCAAGAUGAGCCCUUUGCCUGCUCUUCCGCACUGCACUCGCGUUCUGCUGGAACUGUCCCUUGCUCCCUGCGCCCCUCCCACCGCCUCCCUCGCAGCGCCCAGUGCAACCGAGGCUGCAGCAGGGAGGAAGGGGGCAGCAGGAGGGUAGCAGCAGGAGGGCAGCAGGAGGGCAGCAGGAGGGCAACAGGAGGGCAACAGGAGGGAGAGUAUGGGUUUCUUUCCUCAUUUCUCUUCCCACGCAUCUCCUCCCCCUUCACACCUCCGUCCUCUUCUCCCCCACCUCCGUCCCUCGUCCCUUCCUCUCUCUGUCCCACUCUGCAACCCUCUCAUCCCAGCAGGUCGCUCACACGGGAGUGGCAGUGGCGGGGGACAUGGAGUGCACAGGCAGCAGCUGCUCUCCACCCAACCUUCACACAGCUAAGUCCCUGCCGUGCUCUUCCUCUCCCAGUUCUCCCUCUUGAGCUCGUUUGCUUUCCAUCUGAGGCUGAACCAGUGACCCCCUCCCCUCUCGUCUUUCCGAUUGCUUGUUGUGCAUCCGCCCUCCUGCUUCACCCCUCGCCUCUCCACCAGUCCCUCACUCUUUCUCCGUGGGCCAUUGCAGGUGGAGGGGAGGGGCGUGGGUGUCAACGGCGCCACUCCUGCACGCCCCUCCUUUGGUGGUUUGUAGGCACCCACGGGGAUGGGGAGGAGGCAGCACUGCAGCGGACUCAAAUGCAGCUCUCACGUGCUCACCUCUCCCUUGCUGCAGCAGCUCUCACGUGCUCACCUCUCCCUUGCUGCAGCAGCUCUCACGUGCUCACCUCUCCCUUGCUGCAGCAGCUCUCACGUGCUCACCUCUCCCUUGCUGCAGCAGCUCUCACGUGCUCACCUCUCCCUUGCUGCAGCAGCUCUCACGUGCUCACCUCUCCCUUGCUGCAGCAGCUCUCACGUGCUCACCUCUCCCUUGCUGCAGCAGCUCUCACGUGCUCACCUCUCCCUUGCUGCAGCAGCUCUCACGUGCUCACCUCUCCCUUGCUGCAGCAGCUCUCACGUGCUCACCUCUCCCUUGCUGCAGCAGCUCUCACGUGCUCACCUCUCCCUUGCUGCAGCAGCUCUCACGUGCUCACCUCUCCCUUGCUGCAGCAGCUCUCACGUGCUCACCUCUCCCUUGCUGCAGCAGCUCUCACGUGCUCACCUCUCCCUUGCUGCAGCAGCUCUCACGUGCUCACCUCUCCCUUGCUGCAGCAGCUCUCACGUGCUCACCUCUCCCUUGCUGCAGCAGCUCUCACGUGCUCACCUCUCCCUUGCUGCAGCAGCUCUCACGUGCUCACCUCUCCCUUGCUGCAGCAGCUCUCACGUGCUCACCUCUCCCUUGCUGCAGCAGCUCUCACGUGCUCACCUCUCCCUUGCUGCAGCAGCUCUCACGUGCUCACCUCUCCCUUGCUGCAGCAGCUCUCACGUGCUCACCUCUCCCUUGCUGCAGCAGCUCUCACGUGCUCACCUCUCCCUUGCUGCAGCAGCUCUCACGUGCUCACCUCUCCCUUGCUGCAGCAGCUCUCACGUGCUCACCUCUCCCUUGCUGCAGCAGCUCUCACGUGCUCACCUCUCCCUUGCUGCAGCAGCUCUCACGUGCUCACCUCUCCCUUGCUGCAGCAGCUCUCACGUGCUCACCUCUCCCUUGCUGCAGCAGCUCUCACGUGCUCACCUCUCCCUUGCUGCAGCAGCUCUCACGUGCUCACCUCUCCCUUGCUGCAGCAGCUCUCACGUGCUCACCUCUCCCUUGCUGCAGCAGCUCUCACGUGCUCACCUCUCCCUUGCUGCAGCAGCUCUCACGUGCUCACCUCUCCCUUGCUGCAGCAGCUCUCACGUGCUCACCUCUCCCGUGCGUUACCUCACGCCUUAGCUCACCUCUCCCCUUCUCAACUCAAGGUGCGUUACCUCUCCCCUUAG